GGUCACCAUCAGAUCAGGAUUAUUGGGGAUGUUUAUUAUUAACCCCUUAAGGACACAGUAUAUAAUAACACUCUGCACCCUCUAUGGGGACUUUGAGGUUUCUCCAAUCCAGGAUCCUCUGCUGAUAUCUUCUAUAUAAGAGAAUUCUCCUGGAUGACCCAUCAACCAUGGAGAGAGACAGGAACAAGAUGGCCGACAGGAUCCUAAACCUCACCUUACAGAUACUCUUCCGGCUUACUGGAGAGGAUUACAAAGUAGUGAAGAAGUCCUCUAGUGGGCGCUGUCGGGCCCCUGUGGGUGAAGAAUGGGGAAGAUCCCUGAGUCCAAUCCCGGGGCCCCCACCUCACUCCCUGAUACAUGAGGAAAUGGGUGAAAUGAAAAUUCUAGAACUUAUCAACAAGAUGAUGGAGCUGCUGACUAGAGAGGUUCCUAUAAGGUGUCAGGACGUGGCGGUCUAUUUCUCCAUGGAGGAGUGGGAGUAUGUAGAAGGACACAAGGAUCAGUACAAGGAUCAGGUCAUGAUGGAGGAUCAGCAGCCCCUCACAUCACCAGUCAGAUCCAGUAAGAGAACAGCACCAGAGAGGUGUCCCCGUCCUCUUCUUCCACAGGAUGAUCAGGGAGAAGAUCCAAACAAUAUUAAUGCUCCAGAGACAGAUGUGAGCGGUGAUGAGCAGUAUAAUGAGGACAUUCCUACAGCGAAAGAUCUGAUCUAUAUUAAUGCUACAGACAUAAAGGAAGAAGAAGAGACAGAUGUGAGUGGUGAUGAGCAGUAUAAGGAGGACAUUCCUACAGCGAAAGAUCUGAUCUAUAUUAAUGCUACAGACAUAAAGGAAGAAGAAGAGACAGAUGUGAGUGGUGAUGAGCAGUAUAAGGAGGACAUUCCUACAGGUAACCGCCCAGUACUCUGCUGGAAGUGUUUCUAA